UACAAGUGUUAUAACCACCAACAGUCCAUCAGUGAACAACGCCUAUCCAUCUUGUUAAUCUUGUGCAUUGACACGAGGUUUGAUAUGGAGAUGUGUUUCAGAAUAUCUCUGAUGUUUCUGCUCAUGACUGCUGAUGUUAAUGGUCAGCAGGAUUGGGUGAAUUACAGCCCUUCAAAUGUUUGUGCGUUAAGAGGAUCAACAGUGAGAAUAUCUUGUACUUUAAAACAACCUCAUGAUAGCGUCACAGCAGCCAUCUGGACCAAAUCAGAAUAUACAGCACAUAACCUGUGCCCAGACACAAAUAACAGAGGAAAGAUUCAGUGUGUUUACAGUAAAUCUAAAGACACUAUCAGCAUCACUUUGACACAAGUGACAGAAGCUGAUAAAAACAUCUACUACUGCAGAUUUACAACAAACUGUGGAUUCAACUGUGGAUACAAUGACUGGACAGGGACUCCUGGAGUUCAGCUUGAUGUCACAGACCUGCAGGUGGAGACAAAUCAGAGAGUGAAAGAGGGAGAUUCAGUGACUCUUACAUGUAAAACCACCUGCAGUCUGACUGAAGAAACAACAUUCAUCUGGUACAGAAACACACAGAUAUUCACUAAAGGAAGAAUUACAUUGAAUCAACUUCACCUGCAGUCAGUCAGUCGUGAUGAUUCAGGAGUUUAUAGAUGUGAUGCUGUAAGAGGAUAUGAACGUCUACUCUCCUCUCCUGAUGUUUCUCUUAGUGUUCAGUAUGAUGAUCAGCUGGGUUGGGGAGUGAAUUAUAAUCCUUCAUAUGUUUGUGCAUUAAGAGGCUCGACAGUGAGAAUAUCUUCUACAAUUAAAUAUCCUAAAGACCAUGUGGUCAAUAAAGCCUUCUGGACUAAAACUGCUGUAACUGAUGCAGAACCACCUGACCUGUGUUUGGACCCAGAAAACAGAAGAGGAGUUCAGUGUCACAGUGAAUAUAAAGAUACUUACAGCAUCACUUUGACAGAUGUGACAGAAGCUGAUAAACACAUCUACUACUGCAGAUUUAUAACAGACUGUGGAUACAACUGUAAAAACAAUGUAUGGAGAGGGAUUCCUGGAGUUCAGCUUGAUGUCACAGACCUGCAGGUGGAGACAAAUCAGAGAGUGAAAGAGGGAGAUUCAGUGACUCUUACAUGUAAAACCACCUGCAGUCUGACUGAAGAAACAACAUUCAUCUGGUACAGAAACACACAGAUAUUCAAUAAAGGAAUAAAAACAUUGAAUCAACUUUACCUGCGGUCAGUCAGUCGUGAUGAUUCAGGAGUUUAUAGAUGUGAUGCUGCUGUAACAGGAUCUGAACGUCUUCUCUCCUCUCCUGAUGUUUAUCUUACAGUAGAUGAUGUUGAUGGUCAGCAGGGUUGGGGAGUGAAUUACAGCCCUUCAUAUGUUUGUGCAUUAAGAGGCUUAACAGUGAGAAUAACCUGUACCUUAAAAUAUCCAUCUGGCCAUGUGGUCAAUAAAGCCUUCUGGACCAAAGCUGUUGUAACUGAUGGAGAGCCACCUGACAUGUGUUUAGACCCAGAAAACAGAAGAGGAGUUCAGUGUCAAAGUGAAAAUAAAGACAGUCACAGCAUCACUUUGACAGAUGUGACAGAAGCCGAUAAACGCAUCUACUACUGCAGAUUUAUAACACACCAAACAAGUGGUAAAUAUACAGGAGUUCCUGGAGUUCAGCUUGAUGUCACAGACCUGCAGGUGGAGACAAAUCAGACAGUGAAAGAGGGAGAUUCAGUGACUCUUACAUGUAAAACCACCUGCAAUCUGACCGAAGAAACAACAUUCAUCUGGUACAGAAACACACAGAGAGUCACUAAAGGAAUAGAAACAUUGAAUCAACUUCACCUGCAGUCAGUCAGUCGUAAUGAUUCAGGAGUUUAUAGAUGUGAUGCUGUAAGAGGAUCUGAAUGUCUUCUCUCAUCUCCUGAUGUUUAUCUUAAUGUUCAGUAUCCACCCGAGAAAACCUCAGCAUCCAUCAGUGGAUCUGGUGAAAUAAUGGAGGGUGAUUCAGUGAAUCUGACCUGCAGCAGUGAAUCAAAUCCACCUGUUUACAAUUACAACUGGUUUAAAGGAGAAAAGUUAGUGGGAUCUGGACAGAUCUACAGCAUCACGAGUAUCAGAUCAGAUCACAGUGGUGAAUACAAGUGCAAGUCCAGAAAUAAACAUGGAGAGAAAUAUACAAAAGCUGUGAUGCUGGAUGUGAUGUAUUCACCAAGAAAUGUUGUGGUGUCCAUCAGUGGAUCUGAUGAAAUAAUGGAGGGUGAUUCAGUGAAUCUGACCUGCAGAAGUGAAUCAAAUCCACCUGUUCAAGAGUACAGCUGGUUUAAAGGAGAAAAGUUUAUAGGAUCUGGACAGAUCUACAGCAUCACGAGUAUCAGAUCAGAUCACAGUGGUGAAUACAAGUGCAAGUCCAGAAAUAAACAUGGAGAGAAAGAUUCAGAUGCUGUGAUGCUGAAUGUGAUGUAUGCACCAAGAAAUGUUGUAGCAUCCAUCAGUGGAUCUGGUGAAAUAAUGGAGGGUGAUUCAGUGAAUCUGACCUGCAGCAGUGAAUCAAAUCCACCUGUUCAGAUCUACAGCUGGUUUAAGGUGAAUGAAACAUCAUCUGUUGGAUCUGGACAGACGUACAGCAUCACUAACAUUAACUCCAGUAACAGUGGAUGGUUUUACUGUGAGGCUCAGAAUGAAGUUGGAUCUCAGAGAUCUGCUGCUGUAUCAGUCACAGUAACAGGAGUUCAGGGUUUUGCUGUUUAUUAUGGGAUUGUGGCAGGAUGUGGUGGGUUGUCCUUCAUCAUCAUCAUCAUCAUUCUGUUUAUUAGAAAGCGCAGGAGAGAUAGUACAGCAGAAGACAUCAAGCAGAAGCAGACGGCUGACUGGAAUGAUGAUACAUACACAGCUCUGAAUCCUGAGUCCAGAACAUCUGAUGACAUUUACAACACAAUCAGAUCUGAUCAGUGCAGGGCUGCUGAUGGCGUCUACACGACUCUUGAGCUUCAGUCCAGAUCUUCUGAAUAUGACACAAUUACAGUAAACAGACAUUAAACUCUCUCUUAAUGCCAAUAUGGGAAAAAUCUCUCUCGAUCUCUUUGUCAUCUCUCCUCAGUUGUGUCUUCGCUGUUUUGCUUUUUUUGAGGGAACUUUUUUAAAUUUAUUAAAUUUCAUGAAAAUGACACACUUAUAAAGUAAACUAUGAAAAUGCUCGUUCUAAACUGUACACAGUGUGGCCUGUAACCAGCUGUUAUGUUGUUAUAUCUUGUUAUUGAUUAAUAGUUAACAUAAACUAACAAUAAACAAUGCUUUCACUAUUGACUGUACAUUGAUUUCUAUGAGAAAUAGAAGUGCUUAUGUUAAAUUAUUACAAGAUACACGUUUUUGUGAAUCUUUUAGGCAAUUCUGGGAAAACUGGAAAAGUGAGAAAUGCAGAUUUAAAAAUACUAUUUUGCUGGUUGGCAAUUAGUAAUGUUCAUAUAAGAUCUCAUUUAACAAUAUGCUUAAAACAACGUUGGAGUGGUUUGAGAGAGAAAUCCUUGUGAUUAAUAAGAAUACGAUGGGAGAUCUUUCUGCCAAUAUACAAAAGUGAACUAAAAAGAAACUGAAGUUGAGAUCUAUUUUAAGUGAUAAAGGUAAAAUGAGAUCUUUUAAAAAAUUGAUUUUUAUCAGUAAAAGAUAUUGACAGUUCCACAUCUUUCUUUCUUACACUGUAAAAAAUGUGCUGUAAUUAUGCAGCUGGUUGCCAGUAACUUCCUGUAGAAGCUAGAGAAAAUGUUUCACGUUCAUUUAACUUUGAACACACUGUUGCCGGUAAACAUAAAUGUAAAAUCUACAGUA